UGUUUUGUCAGUUUGUUGAUACAGGGAAUCAUGCUCCAAGGUCUGGACAAAGCUACAAGUGUGCGUUGGAUAUGAGAGGUUGACAGGUAUGCAGCACUGCAGCCACAAAUGCUAGGGGGCAGUGCAAGCCUUCGUCUAACAUUACUGCAUUCGUCUUAGUCAUGUUUGGCAUGUCCAGGCAGGCGUCAACUUGGAACUCACACCUCUAUACUUGUUAUGACUCCUCAUGACUUUACAGUCUGUAUAGUGUGUUUGCUGUCAGAUUGUCAUUUCGCAUUGUGAAUGAUGUUCACAUACGAGCCGCUACGGUCAAACACCUCGACCAGACUAAUCGAGCUACUCCCACCCAAGCACCCCAACGACAGAACCAUUCACGCACGAUUGCGCCAAUGCGAUCUCGCAAACCCGCCCAGCUAUGAAGCGAUCUCAUAUGUCUGGGGAAACGAGAAAGACGUGGCAUCGUUCUACUGCAACGGGAGAAAGCUGAAGAUCACGCCAAACCUGGCUGCCGCGCUCCGCCAGUUCCGACCUGAUCUCGGCUCGCGAUUGCUCUGGGUCGACAAGAUCUGUAUUGAUCAGGGCAACAUACGCGAGCGGAAUCAUCAGGUUGGGUUGAUGGGCCAGGUGUAUUCGUCGGCUUCGGGGGUGCUGAUUUGGCUCGGUGAGCGUUGGUAUGGUGCCCCUGAGGCGUUUGUCUGGAUAAAAGCAUUUGCUCUCACAGCAGGGCCGAAAUUCAGUGAGUUCUUUGAUCGUCUUGGUGGACAAACGGAGGAGUGGUCUGAGAUCUGGGGAGCACUUCGGAAGAUGCGCGUGUCAGAGCCGUCGGCCGCAGCUUAUAAGUCUCUUGCUCGUCUGCUCAGUCAUCCUUGGUUCUACAGGGCCUGGACAUAUCAAGAAUUUAUAUUGGCCAAGGAGAAGACAUUCUAUUGUGGUUCGUACCAUGUCGAAGGGUGUCUCUGGUCUGUUGGGGUAUCGCUCUUUUACCUUCUUGACAAUGCAACUCAUUACCUGCGAUUACUUUCCAACAAACAGCUCCGAGCCCUGUCAACCUUCGGUGGGUUUCUGGCCAUAGGAAAAGACUCAAAUCAUAGAGAUGGAACAGACUUGGUCAAGCUUCUUGAGUCUCGACGCGGUGCUGCAUGCACGCACCAAGUUGACAUUGUAUAUUCUCUUCUUGGUAUGGCCAAGCCCGAAGACUUUGUGUUGCCAGACUAUUCUUUGCCGGUCAGACAUGUGUUUUCAAGACUGGCUGCGUCUCAUAUUCUACGCACCCAAAGCUUGAAAAUCCUGUCGUGUAUAUCAGGCAAACAGGCUCGUCGCAAGAACACAGACCUGCCGUCCUGGGUUCCAGACUGGACUCUGGAGGGCCAAGACUCAUCAAUGCACCGGUACGAGGGGACUAAGUUCACCACUUCUGGCUCGUCAUCUUUGAGCGUCAAGAUCUGCCCCAAUAUGGAGAAACUCACGGUCAAGGGCGUCUACUUUGACCGUAUCCAGCUCUUCGAUGUCCCCUGGAUUUCCGAUGACGAAGAGGAGACCUACGUUCCCAAUGACACCGAAUUGGUGUAUAACGACCUCUUCAACCUCUUCAGAUCUCUCAAAGUCUUUGACCCGGAUGAUCCAGCUUCAAUGAGUGCCAUGUGCAUGGAUCCGUUGGCAAUCCUCACCCAUGCCCGAUAUCAAAAGUCAAAUGCUGCCGAAAGCUUCUUCGGCAGAAAGCGAGUGGAGAUUUUCGCCCGCCUUCGGGCAUGUACAACCGAGUAUGGGCGGUUCGGCAUGACUUCUUCGAAUGCGCGCCAAGGGGACGUUAUUGCUAUCAUUCUCGGACAUGACGUUCCAGUGGUACUGAGACCAACUGCAGUGCAGGACCAGUAUCGCUAUGUGGGAUUAUGUUGUGUGAGGGGUCAUAUGGAAGGCGAAGCUCUUGAGUAUGCUCGCAGGAAGGCGAACCCGGGUGUUGAGUAUGAUAAGAGGGAUAGGGCAUGGCUCGAACAUUUGCAUGAGGGGCCGUUACCUUUCGACGUUCAGGAUUUCAUCCUUGUCUGAUGGAUCUGAUUACUUGGAAAAAAUCACGCCAGGUGCAAUGACUUGGUUGGAAUGAACAUGGCUUUUACUUCGGUCAUGACACAUAGUCCUUAACAGACAGAAAUCUGCAAAGCCUUCAAAACUCAAGCCCCGAUGGCCUUCUUGAUGGCCUCGCCAACACCCUUUGCACUCGCGGGAUUCUGCCCCGUAAUCACCAACCCAUCAACAACAACCUUCUCGCCCCACGGCUCAUCCGCCUUGACAAACUUC